AUGUAUUACUUGAAGAUGCAAGCCGUUAUGGCGAUUGCCGCCUGGGCUUUCACCUCGGGCGGCCAGAACGUGCCCGUCGCUCGGGAUCGCGCCCCCGGUCUUCAUUCAAGAGGCAAUUAUGAUAUGACAGAGCUCCAGAAUAAGCUUUCAAGCUCUGCCAAAAUUUACUAUCCCAACUCAACCGAGUUCGAUGAUGCCUCUGCCCGAUGGUCCCUGUUGGAUGAGCCUAAGGUGAAUGUGGUUGUCGUUCCAGGCACCGAAAAUGACGUUGCUGCGACCGUGCAAUUCGCCAAUCAGCGGGAGUUGCCGUUCCUCGCGUAUACUGGCGCUCAUGGAUCAUUGACCACGCUGGGCAAAAUGGAUCAGGGAAUCGAGAUUUACAUGACUCAACUUGAUACUGUCACCGUCGCCGGGGAUGGAAAAACAGCGACGAUUGGUGGUGGAGCCAUGUCAAAGGCUGUUGUGGACGCGCUUUGGAAUGCUGGAAAGCAGGCGGUGACCGGAACUUGCGAGUGCGUCAGUAUUCUAGGACCUGGUCUUGGUGGAGGUCAUGGCUGGCUCCAGGGACACCAUGGACUGGUUGCUGAUCAAUUUGUUUCAAUGAACAUCGUUCUUGCCAACGGAAAGUUAACAACGAUUGACACAACCUCUGACCUUUGGUGGGCAAUGAAGGGUGCUGGCCAUAACUUCGGCAUCGUUACAUCACUCACUACCAAGGUCUUUGAUAUUCAGCAUCGUGACUGGGCAAUUGAAACCCUCACUUUCAGCGGUGACAAGGUAGAGGCUGUGUAUCAAGCUGCAAAUGACUAUCUGUUGAAGAACGGUACACAGCCGGAAGGUCUGAUUAACUGGUCCUACUGGCUCAACAACCCGGGAGCUGACCCCAACAACCCGGUCAUCAUUUUCUACAUCAUUCAAGAAGGUGUCACUACUGUCGACGGUGCUUAUACCCAGCCUUUCCAUAACAUCGGACCCAUCUCAAUCGAGCCUGCGUCAGGAACCUACACCGAUCUGGCUGGCUGGACUGGAAUUGCCAACUCGUCCCCACCUUGCCAAAAGGGCGCUCUUGCAAACCCCCGCUUCCCGAUUUACCUCCAAUCGUACAACGUCGCCGCUCAAGAGAAGGCGUAUGGGGUUUUCGCAAAUGCUGUCCGUGGCAACUCGGCAUUCAACAACUCAAUCUUCAUGUUUGAAGGCUACUCAAUGCAGGGUGUGAACGCAAUUUCUGCCGACUCUAGCGCUUUUGCGUUCCGCAGUGAGAACAUCCUCGCCGCUCCGCUAAUUAACUAUCUGCCUGCUGGCCCCGGACUGGACACUCAAGUAGCCAACUUGGGCAAUCAGCUUCGUGACAUUCUUCGGGAUGGUACAGGCCAGGACGACCUCCGAGCCUAUGUCAACUAUGCCUAUGGUGAUGAAACACUCCAGGAGCUGUAUGGAAGUGAUAGCUGGCGUCAAAGCCGUCUGCAUUCAUUGAAGAAGAAGUAUGACCCCUCUGGCAAGUUCAGUUUCUACGCACCUAUUGCGUAG